AUGGCAUACACGGAUGAUGCCGUUAAGGCAAAGCUCUCUACUCUCAACGAGACCCAGGAAAGCGACAUGCCGAUCGAACUGCGCAAAUUUGGCUUCAAAAGCUUCGUGAUGCGCAGCCCCCCUAAGCGACUAAGCCUUGUUUACCUCGCUAACGAGGUCGCCCAACAAUCGAAAGCUCGAGGAAGGGGCGAAUUUUUGGAUGCAUUUGCGCCGAUCAUCGCCGAGGCCUCGGCCACGGCAUACAGAGGCUCCUCGGUGGAUAUCCAAGGGAAACUACGUCGGGUGAUUGAAGUAUGGAGGCAGCGCAAUGUAUUUGACGUACCAGUACUCGAUGCGAUCGAUGCCCGUGUGAACGAUAUCGACAAGACGCGGUCUACAACCAAGAAGCAACCUCUCGGUGGCUCUUUUUUCAAGGACGCUUCGAGCGGAUCGACUCCAUCCGAACUCCAGCCGCUGGUCCCCUUGCAAGUCGCCCUCACCAAAUCUGCCGUGUACUCGAAUACCUCGUCCACGACUGCAAACGCGGAGUUCGCAAAGCUUCAGAACCCCGAAGAUCAACCACUGCCUCCCGUUCAUGCAGCCCGCCUCAGCUCCUUGCUCAAGACCCUCGCCAAUGCCGAAAGCUCUGUCUCGGAGGUGAUCAAGUCUCGAAGGGCCUUGAUUGAAGGGCUUGAGAAGCUUCUUGCGACGAACCGCACGCAACUCGCAAAGGAAGAGACCAUGGCCGCUGAGUUGACUGAGAAAAAGGCACAAACAGAAUCCAAGAGGCGCGAUGUCGAGGAUGCAAUCGUUCGCGGCUUCACGGACGAGAGCGCGGGUGGUCAAAAUCAAGGCGGCGAUGGUGGAGAUUACGCCCGACCUGAGGUCGAAGCAUUGACUCCUCCUCCGGUGGAAGCUCUCACCCCAGUGGGAUCACCCAAACCGGCGCAGGCACAUGUACGGGCUAACCAUGGUCCCUUCUCAGAAGAGCCAUCCGUUCACUCGCCUGACGCCCUUGUCAUUCCCCAUAUGGGUCAGCCUGACAAUGGAGCUUCCUUCCCAGAUCCAUCUGAUCUCUCACCUGGUGGAGAUAACGACUUUGACCUGAGCAAUGGUGCAGCCAAACGGCGCAAAGUGGUCCAUGGCGAGGAGGAUUAUGCAGAGUUCGCGAAUGAGGAUUUGGAUGCGGAUGUCGCAGAGCUGAUCGCACAACAAGGGCAGCAAUGA